AUGAAGGCUUUUCACACCAGCGUUGUGAUUUUUCUCUGGGCUAAACUUGUAAUUGCUGUGCUUACUUUGGAGAUUGGAGCAUACGAUAUUGAACGGGGCAGACCAGCAAAAUGUGAACCCAUUACCAUACCUAUGUGUCAGGGAAUAGGCUACAACAUGACAAGGAUGCCCAACUUCAUGAAGUAUGAGAGUCAGGAUGAGGCAGGAAUUAAACUGAAUGAAUUUGCUCCUUUGGUGGAGUACGGAUGUCACGUGCACCUGCGUUUCUUCCUCUGUUCGCUUUACGUCCCUAUGUGCACUGACCAAGUGUCCACCACGAUCCCGGCAUGCCGUCCGAUGUGCGAGCAGGCCAGGCAGAAAUGCUCGCCUAUCAUGGAAAAAUUCAGCUUUGGCUGGCCUGACUCAUUAGAUUGCUCCAAGUUGCCAACCAAGAAUGAUCCCAAUUCCCUUUGUAUGGAAGCACCAGAGAAUGACACUAAGCCAGAGACCAAGAAGGGAGAAGGUAUGCUUCCAGUACCGCCCAGGCCGAGGCAGCCAAGCUCUGGGACUGGACACUCUUCGAGCGGUGCGGAGCCUUGCGAGAACCAAGAGAAGUUCCAGUACGUGGAGAAAAGCGAGUCGUGCGCGCCGCGAUGCUCCUCUAAUGUGGACGUCUACUGGUCCAGACAGGACAAAGACUUUGCUUUCAUAUGGAUGGCGGUUUGGUCUACUCUUUGCUUUAUAUCCACCGCUUUCACUGUGCUCACCUUCUUACUGGAUCCCCAGCGUUUCCAGUAUCCGGAGCGACCCAUCAUCUUCCUCUCCAUGUGCUACAACGUCUACUCCGUGGCCUUCAUCAUCAGGUCCGUCGCGGGCGCCGAAAACAUCGCCUGUGACCGCGAAAACGGGGAACUUUACAUUAUCCAAGAGGGCUUGGAGAGCACGGGCUGCACCAUUGUCUUUCUCAUCCUGUACUACUUUGGCAUGGCCAGCUCCAUCUGGUGGGUAAUCCUCACCCUGACGUGGUUUCUGGCAGCAGGUAGGAAAUGGGGGCACGAGGCGAUUGAAGCGCACAGUAGCUACUUUCACAUGGCUGCGUGGGGUAUUCCUGCAAUGAAGACCAUCAUCAUCCUCACCAUGCGUAAAGUGGCCGGGGAUGAACUGACCGGCUUGUGUUACGUGGGCAGUAUGGACGUCAACGCUCUCACUGGAUUUGUCCUCAUUCCCCUGUCGUGCUAUCUAAUCAUUGGUACUUCUUUCAUCCUGACCGGAUUCGUCGCUUUGUUUCACAUACGUAAGAUCAUGAAAACGGGAGGCACCAACACGGAAAAACUGGAAAAACUCAUGGUGAAGAUCGGGGUUUUUUCCAUCCUCUACACUGUUCCCGCCACGUGUGUUAUCAUUUGUUAUUUCUAUGAGAGACUUAAUAUGGAUUACUGGAAGUUCAGGGCGUUGGAGAGCAAGUGUGCGUCUUUUCCCGGACGAAGGAACGAAGACUGCUCCCUGGACACCUCAGUGCCCACUAUGGCAGUGUUUAUGCUGAAAAUAUUCAUGUCCCUAGUGGUGGGCAUCACCAGUGGUGUGUGGGUGUGGAGCUCAAAGACUCUACAGACUUGGCAAAGGGUCUGGUUAAGAAUAGUGUGCUCUGAGGGUAUGGACCAACUAUUCAUCAUGGCUGCAACAAUAGCUGCCCCGGGAGUGGACAGCGGUAUCGGGGACGGGACGGAGACAGCAGAGAGGGCGCCAAAUGCCUGUAGUGUUUAUGGAGAGGAGGCAUGUGCCUGUAGUCCCACGGGACAUGGCCCCCUAGCUGGUGGAGCUGGUCGACGUGGUAGCCCCACUCUCUGUAUCCUUCAUAUGGUUACCCUCUCAGAGGAGAUUAUGGCCGUGCCCGGUGGGCAAUAA